UAUUGCAGUAUUUGAAUAUGCCACAACUGCUUAUCCAUUCCUCAGCUGUGGUCACUUGAGUUGUUUCUAGUUUGGAGACAUUAUGAAUAAUGCUGAGCUUCCUGCCUGUGAACCGAAAGGGGGAGUGCGAGUUUCUUGCCUCAGUUGGCAGGUGCUUUCUCAAAGGCCCGCAGGCCUCCACUUCCUGAGGAGGCAGCGACAGAAGAGCCAGCAGAGACUCCUUCAGAGCCUGUCUCCCUCUGCCGUCUCGGCCACAGCCGCCUCAGCCCCUGCCUGUUGUUGCUGUCCUGGACGUGGUCAGGAUGAAGAGGAAGACACUUGCGAUCGCGGCCAUCCUGCAGGCACAGCUCGCGCUCUCAGAGGCACAGAGCUUCGGCCUGCUGGACCCCAAACUUUGCUACCUGCUGGAUGGAAUCCUCUUCAUCUAUGGCGUCGUCAUCACUGCCCUGUUCCUGAGAGCAAAGUUCGGCAGGAGCAUGGAGGUGCCCGCCCACCAGCAGGGCCAGAACCAACUCUACAAUGAGCUCAAUGUAGGACGAAGAGAGGAGUAUGAUGUUUUGGAUAAGCGGCGGGGCCGGGACCCCGAGAUGGGCGGGAAGCAGGCGAGGAGGAAGAACCCUCAGGAAGGCGUGUACAACGCGCUGCAGAAAGACAAGAUGGCCGAGGCAUACAGCGAGAUUGGGAUGAAGGGCGAGCGGCGGAGAGGCAAGGGGCAUGAUGGCCUUUACCAGGGCCUCAGCUCGGCCACCAAGGACACCUAUGAUGCCCUCCACAUGCAGGCGCUGCCCCCUCGCUAGCAGCCGGAGGACUCUGCCUCUCACGGGCCUGACCUGCUGACGCCCAGAUUGUGAAGGACAUAGGAUUGAGCCUUCACAGCCAACAGUGUUCUAUGAAUAGGGUGCCUCAAGUUGUAACAUUUGGUCUUCUCCAAUCCCAAACCAUCCCACACAGAACGCCACCCCUGGACUCCCUCAGGGUGCCCUCCUGCUGCCCCAGGGUGGCGGGCCUGUCCUGGGGUCUUCUGGCUUGCUGGUGACUGUAGACAGGCCUCUUUCCCUGAGGUUCCAGGCCCUGGCUGGGGGGUACCUGUGCUCCCUCUCACACCUCACUUGUUAUGUCUAUGUUUUGUGAAGUCCCCAGGGAGGCCCCAAAUGUUAACACACGUCCUGUCUGUAUCUUUCUGCCCAAAUUUGACUGGCUUUGCUCCUGCUGUAAAUUUAGCCUCUGUGGUCAACCUUCCCUCAUUUCAAGGUAGCCUGUCAUGGUGCCACGUGGCAACAGGGCUGAAGGCAGCCAGGGCAGCAGCCCACUGCUGCGGUGGACAGCAGGGCAUGGGAGGGCUCUGAGGAGCAGGAGGCCUCUUCUAUCAGGCGUGCUUGUCACACCAUAGUCUGGAUGCCACAUGUCCCAGGGACUGAGGGAUGGACAAGAAAGUCGCCCCUCAUGGAGCUCACACCGGGGGAAAAAGAGCUGGCAGGAUAGCAUGAAAACCACAAGAAACAUUAUCAUGGAGGAUGAGCGAGAGAAGGCACAAGCUCGGCCUUCUCCCAAGCCUGCCCUCUCCCACACUUGGCCUGAACGGUGAGCUAUCCUUGCAGAGGUCUUGAAGACGACCCAGCACCACGCAGCCCCAUGACCAUCCCUGUGGGCCAGGGUGCCAUUGAAGAAAGCCCAGCGGCUUCUGCACACUUGCUGCGUGAUUAAAAGGCACAUGUCCAUGGAUAGAAACCCCUUUCUGCUCUGCUUGGUUUUAAUUUAUACUGGUUUGCCCAAGCCUUACUGUUUUGCAUAAUAAAUGCUUCAGGGAAAAUU